GGGGCAGCAAGAUGGCGGCGGAGACGGUGGAGCUCCAUAAGCUGAAGCUUGCUGAGCUGAAGCAGGAAUGUCUUGCUUGUGGGUUGGAGACCAAGGGAAUAAAACAAGAUCUCAUCAACAGACUCCAGGCAUAUCUUGAAGAGCAUGCUGAAGAGGAGGCAAAUGAAGAAGAUGUAUUGGGAGAUGAAACAGAGGAAGAAGAACCAAAGCCCUUAGAACUCCCAGUUAAAGAGGAAGAACCCUCUGAAAAAACACCUGAUGUGGCAGCAGAGAAGAAAGUGGUGAAAAUUACAUCUGAAAUACCACAAACUGAGAGAAUGCAGAAGAGAGCUGAACGAUUUAAUGUACCUGUGAGUUUGGAAAGUAAGAAAGCUGCCCGAGCAGCUAGAUUUGGAAUUUCUUCAGUUUCAUCAAAAGGACUGUCAUCUGACUCCAAACCUAUGGUUAAUCUGGAUAAGUUAAAGGAAAGAGCGCAAAGAUUUGGUUUGAAUGUUUCUUCAAUCUCCAGAAAGUCUGAAGAUGAUGAGAAGCUGAAAAAGAGGAAGGAGAGGUUUGGGAUUGUCACAAGUUCUGCUGGAACCACAGAAGAUACAGAGGCAAAGAAGAGGAAAAGAGCAGAGCGCUUUGGAAUUGCCUGAAGAAAAGCUUUUGCUUUAUAUUCUGCAGUGGUUUCCACCUCUCUGAUUCUUGUUGGUCACAUAUGUACCAAAAAGCACAGUCAUGUGCCUAGGUCCUGCCUUGCAGUGAGGGAGUACAUACCCCAGGUACAUCUGUGAACUUAGGCAGCAAUUUUGACUUACUGCUGUUUCAACCUUUAGUUUAUUUUGUUUUUUUAAACUAUUAUUCUGCUUGUUAAUAAAAAAAAAAACUUUAGAAAAGAGAAAAAAGAAAGAAA